CCCGCGGCAGUUGGUUCGGUGACGCGGCGCGAAGUUUCGCAUGCCGCGAUCAAUGCGCUCGUGAUUGUGCUGCGAAUGCACAUGGUCCCUCGGGCCGGAUUGCAGGACGUUUGUUCAGCUCACCUCCGCAGUGUUAACUCUCUGCUUUUGCCGCCAAAGAUAUGGCGGACGUUAUUCGUAUGUGCUACUGAACAGUGCUCUAUUCAUCCUCAAAAAAGCCAUCAAAAGAGAACCAAAAAUCCCACUUUUUUGCAUUUUUCAAGACUUUCAAGCUUUUUUCGAAAUUAAUUAGAGAUCUCACCCGGAGCUUUACAGUGUUGAAUCAUGUAGCACAGAUAAAAAAUGCAUAUUAUUUAUUUUUUACAUUGUGACAGAGUGAUUUGUUCAUCAGUUCGCCUUUAACACCGUAAUUUUGGAAUUACUCGAUGCGAACUAACAAGAAAAACCCAUCCUCUAGACGAAUACUUUUGUUACUGGUUGAAGAUCAAAGAAGUAUACAAAGACGAAAAUGAUGUGAGCUCUGACCAGGGAACUUGACCGAAGUGUCCACUGGAUUUUGACAAGUCUGAAGACCACCUCGCUGUUUUGAAAUUGCGGUACUGCUACACUGAAAUCGAAAUGUGCACAGAACAUGGUCGUGCCCUCAAAACAACCACUCCUUGGAGAGUUCCGAGCCGUUGCUGUAUGGAUAAGGCAAGAUGCAAAGGUGAAGAUGACAACGAGUGGAGCUUUGUCGAGACCAAACGCCAAAGUGGUACCGUUGAUACUGUUGGCCAUGCUCUUCAUCAUUUUCUACUACUUCAACGAAGAUCUCAUGCCACUAUCAGAACUACAAAUCAAGUUUCGCGCAAAUGCGUUCAGAGGAAAAUCGCCCGGUGCCGGUGGGAGCUGUCGGAUCCCAAGUGUGGACCCAUUUCAUCCAUCCAUUAUGAAAUACAUGAAACCACAAACUCCCAUCAGAUGCGAUAACAAACCACUCACAAAAGCAGCUUAUGACCCGAAAAUGGACCUGUAUACCCUUGAAAUCAUAGAAAAUGCGCUGAAAACCUACAAGCUCAGCAAAAACCAAAGAAAAUCACUUUCUUGCUGCUACUAUCCUUUGACACCAACCAACAAAAACGAUGGAAACUAUAAAAAGAUGAAGAAAACCUGCACGAAAUUUCAAAGCAACACCACGCUGAGCUACCAGCCAGAAAUGGUGCAGAUAGACUGCACGGUGGAGAGUCGCAAGAAGCGCAAGAGCAUCUACCAAGACGUCCAUUCAACGGCCACCAAACGCCAAAAACUCUCGCACAAAGCUACCCCCCGGAACCAGUCGCAAGACGCCUUCAACGUCCUCGUAGUGGGCAUCGAUUCCGUGUCAUACGCCAACUUCCAGCGUCAAAUGCCGGCCACCCUUCAGCUCCUCCGCAACACCAGCUGGAUCGAAUACAAGGGCUACAACAAAGUCGGAGACAACACACUCCCUAAUCUCAUGCCAAUCCUCACAGGCCACAGCCUGCCGCAGAUCGAGAAAACCUGCUGGCACGGUCGGAGUGACUACUUCGACUCAUGCCCUUUCAUCUGGAAGAACUUCAGCGCCCACAACUACGCCACUAUGUACGCCGAAGACGAGUACAAGAUCAGCUCGUUUAACUUCGUCAAAAAAGGCUUCAAGAAGCCGCCCGUGGACUAUUACGCGCGCGCCUACAUGCACAGCGCGACGGCCGCACUCAAGGCCAAGAUGAUCAACGGCUUGCACUACUGUCUCGGCCCGACCACCUCUGUUGACCGAGUCCUCGGCUAUUCACUCGACUUCCUUCGUCAGAUGAACGAUACCCGAUUCUUCGGGCUCGUCUGGGUCAACUCUAUGACGCACAAUAGCCUGCAGACGGCCCACGCGAUGGACGCAAUCAUGGUCGACUAUUUCUUCGCCCUCUCCGAACUGGGCGUUCUAGAUAACACUUUCGUCGUCUUCCUCAGCGAUCACGGGAUUAGAUUCGGUCAAUUCCGCCAGACUUUCUUCGGCUGGUUCGAAGAGCGGCUUCCGUUCCUCUUCUUCCACGUCCCCGCGCGGUUCCGCGAGCUAUACCCGGAGCAAGUCCAGAACCUGGAGGAGAACGCGGACAUGCUCACGUCGCCGUACGAGGUCCACGUCACGCUGCACAAGGUCCUCGACCCGACCGCCGACGUCACUCCUGUGGGGUGCCCCAAGUGCAGGGGGCUCUUCGAUCCGGUCGACGGGAAUCGCUCUUGCGACGAUGCGGGGAUACCCUUCGACUGGUGCGUCUGCGGCGAGUUCAUUCCGCAGUCGACCAAAGGCCCCGAGGCCGUGAGUGUCGGGAGGGAGCUGGUGAACGAGAUCAACAGGCUCACCUACAACAAAUCCGCGUCCGCCGACCGAGUGUGCGCCAAGUUCAAGAUGACCGAGGUGACGUCGGCAAGAAGGAUCACUAAUUCGGCGAACAAGUCGGACGUGGCGCUGCAGAUCAUCGUGAAGACGACCCCGGGACGAGCCGUCUUCGAGGCCACUGUAGGGUACUCGCCGGAGAUAAAGGUCCUGGGGUCCAUCAGUCGUUUGGACUCCUACGGCAGUGAGGGUGACUGCGUUGAUACAGCGUGGAUGAGAAAGUAUUGCUACUGUGUGCCCAAAGGGUCGUGAGGGUUACUGCGCCCUGCCGAUUGGCACUAUAUCCCUACUCGCAUGUAAUUCGGCUACAUUUUCAAUGAAUUUUUCUGUGAUAAAAGGAAUGACAUUUCUUACCGAUUUUUAUUGUAAGCGGCAAUGGGUCAGUUGCACUGGUCACAGAGUAGCGCUGUGAUGGUCCAAACUUGCAGAUUAGCAAAAAGUAAUUAGACCCUUCAAACGCCUAGUUUCACGGCGGAUAUUGACGGAGCUAUGUUGUCCAUCGAAAAAUAGGAGGUAUGACGUCAUCCAUCGAAUUGGUACAUACCAUGGUUUUUUCCAACUUAAAUUAAUCAAUCAACCCCUUGCACUGAUUACUCGACUUAAAACCGCCUGGGAAAAUCAAGGUAGAAGAAACCAUGGUAUGCAAUACUUCGGUGGAUGACGUCUUACGUUAUGAUUAUUGGAAGGCACGAUAGCUCCGUUGAUAUUACACGAGGAAACUGAUUGUGAGAGUUGGGACGGAUCUUAUUA